GAAACAACUUUUUCAAAGAGCGUGAAGUGACAGUAAAGCUAUAAAAAUAGCUGCGUGGAAGUUACAAUCCACUCGAGCCAGUUUUGAAUUCUCGCAUUCAGAUUGCUGCGAAGUUAUUGUUUGAUUUUCGAGUUGAGAGGAGGUCGAGGGGCAUGGCUUAUUCGAGCGAUGAAGGAGUAGAAGAGGUCCCUGGAAGCUAUGGCUUGCCCGUCAUCGGAGCCAUUGCGGAUCGCUUCGACUAUUUCGUAAAGGAAGGGGUAGAUGCUUUCUUCAAAACGCGCAUAGAAAAAUAUAAGAGCACCGUAUUCAGAGUGAACAUGCCACCUGGGCCGCCUUUGUUUCCUGAUCCUCGCGUCAUAAUCCUGCUGGACGCCAAGAGCUUUCCCAUACUCUUCGAUGUGAGUAAAGUGGAAAAGAAGAACGUCUUCACGGGCGUCUACAUGCCCAGCACAGACUUUACCGGGGGCUACCGUGUGCUCUCGUAUUUGGACCCUUCCGAAGAAAAUCAUACCAAGCUCAAGAAUUUCUGCUUCCAUGUACUCAAGAUCAAUGCAAACAGAUGGUUCCCAGAGUUCGAGCGGGCCACGGGAGAGAUGUGGGCUAAGCUUGACAAACAAUUUGCCGAGUCCGGCAAGGCCGAAUUUACCAGUGAGAAUUUGCAAAUGUGUUUUAAUUUUCUGUGCAGGUCGGUGCUGAACAGAGAUCCUGCAGAUUCAGGGCCUGCCAGUCUGGGAACGCAUGGGCCUACUUACGUUCAAACGUGGAUUGGGCUUCAGCUCGCUCCCAUUGCAAGCACUGGCAUACUACCCAAGAUCUUGGAGGAGUUCACCAUCCACGCGGUCCCUCUGCCGUUCCUCCUUGUGCGUGGAGAUUACGAUAAAGUGUAUGAUUUCUUCUGGACGUAUGGCAAGCAGGCGCUUGAUGCUGCGGAGGAGCAGUUCGGUCUAAAACGAGAGGAGGCGUGUCAUAAUUUGGUGUUCAACAUAUGCUUCAAUACCUUCGGAGGAAUGUUCAUUUUCUUUCCCAGCCUCGUACAACACAUUGCGGCUGCGGGCAAGCAGCUGCACGCAGAUCUGGCAGAAGAAGUAAGAGCUGCCAUUAAAGAGAAUGGAGGAUUGAACAUGAGAGCGCUGGAGAGCAUGGCGUUGGUCCGGUCGACGGUGUAUGAAGCGCUGAGGAUCGAGCCGCCCGUGCCGUUCCAGUACGGACAUGCGAAAGAGGACAUGGUGGUGGAGUCGCACGAUGGGAGAUAUGCGGUGAAGAAGGGAGAGAUGCUUGGUGGGUAUCAGCCCUUUGCCACCAGAGAUCCCAAGGUGUUUGACAAUCCUGAGGAUUUUGUUCCUCGACGUUUCAUGGGAGAAGAAGGGGAGAAAUUGUUAAGAUAUGUGCUGUGGUCGAAUGGGCCGGAGACUGAGGAGACGACGGUGCAUAACAAGCAGUGUGCGGGGAAGAACUUCGUGGUGAUGAUAUCACGGCUACUGGUGGCGCAUCUGUUCGCUCAUUACGACUCCUUUGAGAUCGACACGUCCAAAACUACCAAAGUUGUUUUUACCUCCCUGCAGAAGGCCACUUCUUAGUUCCCUGUCUGUCACUCUCUUUAAUGUCCCGGAUGUCUGUCUAGUAUUUCCGCCUCCCCCCACUUAAUAAAGAGGUGCGUAACAUUUGUCAAAAUGCAUCCGGACGGGACAGACUACGCUUAUUUGCAUUUUAAUAUUUGGUGAUAAUGAUCAAUUAUUUCCUUUCCAGGUCAAUGCAUCUUUAAAGGUGCGUGAAAAUUAAAAGUUUGUUAAUGUUAUUUGAAUUAUCUUUA